AAGUGGACUCCAGUUACAUACCCGUAUGUAAACAAACCUCGUCGUUGCUGUUUGGUCAUUAAGUUGUGCUAAUGGUGUUGCUUUCCUUGUAAUCUUAAACUAUCUGGUGAUGUCCCCUUCGUGUUCACAGUGUGGCUCCAGUAGCGUGGUGGAGGAUGAGCUGUACAGUCAGACACAGUGGGUGUGUCAGGACUGCGGCUCUGUCAUCUCAGAGGGGACUUUGACCACCACACUGAGUGAUGAACAACACUCAACUGCCGUGCCUUAUUACCUCACCACAGAGGUCACCAAGAAGCCAUGUCCCAACCUGAUCAAAGGUUUGGUUCGUGUACGCUCUCUGUGCCGAAUCCUCAGGUUAUCUAAACAGAUGGAGUCUGAUGUGACAAGCUUGUACGAGCUUGCUUAUAAGCACCCCCAGUUUCUGAGCGGACAUCUGAUGAAGAAGGAGAUGUUGGGGGGCUCCUGUGUGCUCUCUGUCUGCAGGCAGAACAACUGGCCUGUUGCCAUGGGAACCAUCAGCAUGCUUUUGGACGCUGAACCAGCUUCCGUAGGCACUGUCUAUCACGAACUGAAUAAAGCCCUGAACAUCCAAAAUACAACCGCAUGCAGCUUCACUGAGCUGCUAGAGAGCCACUGUCACGAGUAUAAGCUGAGCCCCAGUGAUGUGCCUGAUGUCUUUGCUGAGUCUGUAGAGCGUUUGUUGCAGCGGAGCACUGCACUGUUGGAGCUGGCCGCUGAUGUGUGGUUAGUGACCGGACGCCAACCGCUGCCCCUCCUCACCGCGUGUGUGUAUGUAGCCUGGCAGUCCCUCAAACCCAUGGCCCGUAUGAAGUGCACACUGAAUAAGUUCUGUGAGAUAGCUAGGUUGCCUAAGUUGAAGCAGUCGGGAGUGACUCGGCGGGACACAGCGGUGCGGCGUGUUAAUGAGCUGAGGGAGGCGCUGUGUAAACUAGGCCGUGCCCUGCCGUGGCUCAGAGGAGGCACUGUCGAGCCCGGCUCCGUCUGCACGCUGGUUGACGAUAUUCUUUCAUACCGUAGAACGCUGAUGCUGCAGGCCGUGAGGAGCUGUGAGCUCGAAGAGGAUGCUGAGGAACAGAGUGAAACCUCCUCUGAAGAAGUGCACUCGGGUAAAAGACACCUUUUCCUGCCCCCAUCAGCAAGGAACCCAAAGCGUAAGAGACCCUAUUCACCCGGGCCAGACGUCACCGGUGACGAGAAUAUAUCAGACACGGAAAUAGAAUCAUACAUUCGAUCGCCAGAGGAGGUGAAGGUCUAUCAAAAGGUGCAGAAGAAACUGACAGAGGACAAGAAGUGAAGGAUUCAAAUUAAACUAGUUUUUUUGUUUGGUUUGUCAUUUAUUGUCAUUUCUUUUGCUGUUGAACACUGAGUACCUCUGUAAUAUGCACUUUAAGUUAGAUUUACUAAAGUUCAUUAGUGCUUAAUACUGGAUGUGUGAGAUGGUCUUGGAUGACCUUUUGUACUGCUGUAGCUGUCAGCAGGAUAAAUUAAAGCAUGUUCACAUUGUUCACACAUAUGUUUGUAUAGAAAUUAUUCUAACUGCUUGUCUUUUUUUUACUGAACUAUUAAUUGGCAAAUAGCUUGGAAGUGUUUUUUUUCUAUUUGCUUAAAAAACUUGAUUUAUAUAUUUUUUAAAAACAUAAAACUAUUUUUGAACACUA